GACGCGCAGGAAAAGGAUAGGUGGACACCGCUACAUAUUGCUGCACGGAAUGGCCACGUCGACGUAGCACGCACCCUUCUCGAGCACCACGCAGCUGUCGACGCGCAGCAAGAAGGCGGACGGACACCGCUAUAUGUGGCCGCACAGAAUGGCCAUGUCGACAUCGCGUGCGCCCUUCUCGAGCACCAUGCAGCUGUCGACGCGCAGGAUCACGUCGGAUGGACACCACUGCAUGCUGCUGCACAAGAAGGUCACAUCAACAUCGUGCGUGUUCUU